CCUCUUCCACGUCUUAAUACGCAUGCCCAGCCUGCCAAAUUUGUCUAAUCCGGCGUCUGCGGUCGACAAGACGUGCCAACACCUUCGCCGUUCACUUCAGAAGGUUCCCACGCCAGCAUCAUGGCUCUAGUCUUCGUCUAUGGCACCCUGAAGCGGGGGCAACCGAACAACUUCUACAUGACCGACAAGCGCAACGGACACGCGUGGUUGCUGGCCUCAGCGGUCACAACUCAGACGUUCCCCCUAGUGAUCGCCGGCCAGAACAACAUCCCUUUCCUCCUCAACAUCCCGGGUCAGGGUCACAGGGUUCACGGCGAGCUCUACAAAGUGGACGAGGCUUUGCUGAGAUUCCUGGACGACUUUGAAGACAUCCCCGACAUGUAUCAGCGAAGUCCGGUGACGCUGACGGUGGAGGAAUGGCUGGGCCCGGCCCACGAGGAGGAGCUGGCGCCGGGGAGCGUCACUCAGGCGUUUGUGUACAGCACCACCACGUACCAGCCCGACUGGCCCUCGCUGACUCACUACGCCAACUAUGACUCCCGUGGCGACCAUGGCCUGAUCUACGGGGGCCGCGACACAACUCAACACAACUAACGCUUGUGUCUUGUGUAACCGCAGAAGACCAAGAUACGUUUUACCUCAACUGUCGCAGAAAUACACCACAUAGAAGCUUCCCAGUGUCUAGUGAGCACUUUUACUGGGCUAGCGAUUCAAGCACCAGCCAGUCGUUUACAGUACAGUAGAUCCGGGGUGUUAUGUUUCGUGACCACCAGUGAAUACGCCCAUAGAAACGUCUAACCCUCCUGCUGGCUGGGCUUGGACAUUAUUGUCACAUUCUGAUCAACAAUUGCAACAAAAGUGCCUAUUGUAAUUAUUAUGUGCAAUCCAGCGCCACAACUCUCCCCCUCUCUUCAAUUGCCGUUGUUCACUCGUGACACACUCCAUCUUUAAGCCCUCAAUCUGCCCCACACACUCACGAAACGCAUUUCAAGUGUGGAAUGUAGAGCCACUCGCCACCGAUGAAGGAAUUUAUAGCACGCGGUGUGUUCGAGGACCGCCGAAGAAAAAACAAAAUCGCAAUGUUUGAUGAAAAACCACAAGCGGUCAAGUAUAAGAACAUGAACGGCUUACUAACGGCGUGCAUUUGACCUCUUAUCACGUGUUUAUAAAUGAUUAGCGACUUAUGGUGACCGAGAUGAGUUUUCCGCGGAAAACAUGUCCUAUUUUCUGAGAAAAUCUGACAACUUGCACUCUUGAUUUGAGAAUAAACUUUUAUUUAAAGUUUAUAUGAAAGAGUUGUCUAUUUUUAUGACAGUGAAUUUACAGCUUUUAUGAGCCACGACAGAGGUAACCAUCACAAUGAUUCAGAAAUUAAAAAUGACAUCAUUAAAACAUUUCACUCUGUGUG